CUUGAUCAGAUUUGAUCUGGGUUUCUUUGUUUAUGCCAUUUGUGGAGGUUUUAAUCUGGUUCUUGGAAAGUGGUCUGAGAAAUUGAGAGGUGGGGUUUUGCUGGAUUGGAAGGUUCAUCAAUGGCGGCAGGUCAAGAUUUGAUUGAGCUGAAAUUCAGGCUAAUUGAUGGGACCGACAUAGGACCACAGAAGUAUAGCCCAUCUACCACUGUACAAUCACUCAAGGAGAAAAUACUGGCACAAUGGCCUAAAGAGAAAGAAAAUGGUCCACGGACAGUAAAUGAUUUGAAGCUUAUUAAUGCGGGAAAGAUACUGGAAAACAACAGGACACUUGCUGAUUCCAGAAAUCCAGUUGGAGAACUACCAGGAGGUCUCAUCACUAUGCACGUGGUUGUGCGUCCUCCGAUCACAGACAAAAAGAAUGAUAAGUUGAUCAAUGAUUCUCCAGAGCAGCCUCGAUGUUCAUGUUCAAUAUUGUAGCUUCUGGUAACCAGCUUCGCGACUGUUAGUGUUUUCCGUGUCUUCUCGUGUUGCUGAUUGGAUGCAGUUUAAAUCUCUGUUCCCGGGCGGUCACAAGUAGCAGCAAGAAGUUCGUGGAUCCAUCUGCCAGACUUGUUAUUUUGAAUCUUAUCAUCUCCGUAUGUAAAACACGUUAUAGUUCCUUAUUGCGUGUGAUUUGUUAAUGAGAAAAGGACCAUAUUGAUGCAUUAGGAGCUGCUUCUGGUUUGCUGGCAUCAAUGAAUACAAGUGUAAAUGAAAAAAAAAGCAGACGAACAUAUUGAUUUGAUUGAUUUGCGAGUUUAUUGGAAAGCAGAAUUCGUGUUUUA